AUGGACCCAGAGGACUUGAAGGAGGGGGAGCUGCAGGGAGACAGUGGGACAGCCGCCAGUGAAUCUGCACCUACUGGGCCACCUGCCUCUAUCCUGACUAAAGCUCAGCGCAAAACUUCUUCAAACCCAGAUGUUAUGGUUCAAAUGGAAACAUCACUGGACACAUCCUCUGUAAUGGUGCAGCGACAAGAAAUUGUGCAUUUGCCAUAUCAGGAGACAAUGCAGACAGAUAAUGUGGCCAUUAGCCAACCACCUCCGGCACAUAUUCCAGAUAUGGGGCCAAUGUCAGCAGGCAGUGGAAUAGUUGAUCAGCCACAACAGACAUCAACCACCAGCUCCAUACAUUCUGAAGAUCAUGUACAAGCAGAGAUGCCCACCACUCCGUUUGAUAAUAUUGCUGAAGUGGCCCGCGAAAUGGACUCUAACCAUGAAAGUCACCGUCGCAAAAUGGAGGGAAGUAUGAUAUUUCUCGCCCAAUGUGUGGAUCGUCUUGCCGAUAAUGUGGAGGAAAGUUCAAAAGAGCGACGUGCAAAAGAAAACCUCACUGAAAUCCAACACACCCAAAUUAUAGAUGGUCUGAACAACAUAAACGGGACUCUCUGCCAAAUUAACACCUUGCUCACUCAGUCCUCAUCCACCUCUAUCUCGAUGGCAACAAGUCUGGCGGUCAUUGCAGAUGAGCUACGGCGAUCACAUGUAACUAUAAGUGACUUUCCAAGCCCUUUCCUGUCCAACACACCCCAGGAGACAUAUGUUCCACGGCCCACUCCCUCAUCUAUCAGAGUGUCUCAUGCUCAACAAGAAGGCACUGCAUCCUCUUUGCGGAGAAGGCUAAUGGACGAGCAGGAAGGCCACCAGCACACUCAAGGCAAUGUCCCAUGA